GAGUGAGAGGGUUUCUACGAGGGAGAGCAUUUACUUUAGACAUUGUUGUAUUAAGAGGAAAGUGUUUUUAUAACAGCGGUCUUGCACAGUAUGUGAGCAUUUAACGUUGGUGGGUAGUCGAUACCGUCGAGGAAAAAAACUAGGUUGGGAAAUACUAUCGUGACGCCAGGCUUCGGCACACACAGGUCCGGUUGUGAAAAUGGAGGCCAUGGAAGACGAUAGUUUGGACAUAAAAGACGACCACAACCACAACUAUUGUGCGAGCAGCGGCAGCGGCAGCAAAGUCCACACGUAUCUUAGCAGCCAACUGUCGGAUGUAACGACGGUCCCGCAGCCCGUCUGUCCACCGGUGCCGGGAGCGGAACCGGGGACUCGGCGAGGGAAGCUGCGGUCCGGCAGCACCGGAGGGUCAAAGUUCAUGGACUCGGAUUCAGGGAGUGAGAGCAGCGAAGUCAGCGAGACUGACUGCACGGCUCCGCCGGCCGCUGUCGAGGGAAAAUUCACCCUCGACUCUACUUCCAAGUUCCUCCUGCAUGCGAUGGCAGUAGAAGACUACCGGAAAAACCACUGGCCAAACCUGGAGAAAGCAAUCGACCGCCUGCUGAUUCAGAAUCCCACAGACCACAUCUCUGUUUCUUAUGCACAGAUAUACAGUUAUGUCUACAAGUGCGUUUGUCAGCAGCACUCUGAGCUGCUCUUCAAUGACUUGACAUCAAAAAUAACAAGUCAUCUGCAACAAGUUUCCAGCCAUCUACAAGCCAGCCCACCAGAGGACUUCAUCGAGAACUUCAACGUUGCACUGACACAAUACACAGCUUCUCUUCAAUGUAUAGUUCCUGUAUUUAUGUACUUGAACAAGUUCUACAUCGAGUCAAAGCUGAACAGAGACCUAAGGGAAGAUCUGAUGAAGCUGUUUGCUGAUCACGUUGCAGAAAAACACGUGGACACACUGAUGCCUCUUCUCAUCGAAGCUCAUUCCAUGCCCUUUCAAGUGCAGCCAUCUACAAUGGCCAGUGUGGUUAAAGGCCUUUACAGCCUCCGACCAGACUGGGCCCAGUUAGCCCCGGCUCUCUUCUCCGGGUUUAUUCCCCAAAUUAACCCCCCUGCCGUGGAGUCUCUGCUGUCUGACUACGCCGCUCAUGACCAGAAGCUGCAGAUGGAGCUCUCCAUGAACGGAUUUCCACGAGGUGACCAGUCUCGCAAGCGGGCCAGUGACGACUCCUGAUAGCAGAGCAGGCGUCACCAGAUUCGUUGCAGAAACUAUUACUGUGCCUCCUACAUCUUUAUCACAAGUUGGCUCACUGCACUAGGUACAAUGUUAACAAUGUGUCAGUUUCAUCUGUCUCUCGACUCAAGGUCACAAAACACUGUGAACAACAAAGAGAAUGUGAUGUUGAGUUGUUUUUGAGCAGAAGCUUAAUCUUACUGCACUUAAAAAAAAAAAAAAAAAAAAAAAAA